AUGCUGGGGCGGCGCGGGGAGAUGGGGUUCGAGGAGGGCGAGCUCGAGCUGGAGGAGGGCGAGGCGGCCUCCGCCGGCGGCGGCGGCCGCGAGCUGGUUGUACCCGACGCGCUCGCCUACAUCGAUGAAAGAAUUCAAAAUGUGUUGGGUCAUUUACGCAAGAAAUUUGAAGGUGAAAUAACUCAUACGAAUUUGGGUUCGAUGUAUGGAUGCCAUGGUUCGUUCUUGCCAACAUACCCACGUUCCCCUUUGGGCUUUCCUCAAUAUAGGAACACUGCAGAUCCAAAAAACCAUGGCAGUGCCUCUAGAUCACCUUAUCUGCCAACAGAGAAUGCGCAAAAGAACCAUUUUGUUAAGACCGAAUUAGACAGCAGCAGGAAAAAUGACUACUGUCGAAUAUCCAAUGAGAAUGAUGGCAAUACUUCUCAACAGAUGUUAAACAGAGCAGUCAAUGGUUCUGAGCAGAAAGCACCGAAAAUACGUAUCAAGGUGAAUAGCAAUAAAAGUUCGCCAAGAAAUACUGCUGCUAUAUAUAGUGGCCUGGGCCUAGACAUUUCCCCUUCAUCAUCUACAGAAGACAACCUAGAUGAGACUGCUGGGGCUCUGGUGCCCGAAAUUUUGCCUGAUGAAUCUCCACGUACCAUAUUUGAGAUAAUGACCUGCCAUUUUAUUCCUGGAGGACACUUGCUCUCACCCCUCACUGGAAAUGUUCUAGAAUUGAGACAAAAGCCUAAAGUGAUGGUAAAACAAGAAGCACAUGAAUUUCAAGUCAAAGUAGAAUUGCACGGAGACUUGGGCCAUACAACCUCUGCUACUCUGGAUAACAAAGAUAAGUGUACCAAGGAAAUAAAGUCUGAUGGAAAGAAAGACAGUACUCCCAAUUUCAAGAGUUCAAAAUCCAGAGUUAACAAACCACCUGCUGUGAAUAAGGGAACUAAGCCUUUACAGGAUGUUUUAGAUGAUACUGGUUCAAACUUCUUACCUACAAUUGUAAAGAUAGAACAUUCAGUCGAGGACUCAGCGAAAUUUACAGGAGGGAUUUCAGAUAAAAUGAAGGGAUCGAAAAAUGGUCCAUCAAAAGGACACAUUAGUGACAAGAACAAAAACAGUAAGGAAGAGCCUUCGCUUGAUCAUGGAUUUUCUUGUAAAAACAAAUGUGAUUCUGAUGAGUACAAUGAUCAACCUUGUGCCAGUUCAAGUCAGUUGCAAAACAUUCCCAACAAAACUUCGUCACUGGAGAGGGACAGAGGAAAAGUAUUGCAUAUGGAAGAUGAACCAUCUCAGUACAAAAGCAAGGAAAAUGGAGGCCCUUUUAGUGCAGAUUCCAUGGCUGUCAUGGUAGGAAAUGUUGAUAGAAAUUCUUUAGGGAUGAUGAAAGGGAAGAAGAAGAAAGUUUCCUCUCCGCAAGCUGCCCUGUCUGGGAAGAAGCUCAAGUUCAAGACAAAGAAACAAUUGAAUGACAACAUCGACAGAAAAUCUUAUGGUAAAGAUGAGGAUUAUGCUUUAGACCAUAGAAUUGAUUUGGCUAAUUCAUAUCCAACAGAUAAGAGUGUGAGGCUUGAGAAAAAGACCAUCUCAUCUGGGGAGAUUGGUAACAAGUCAGAUGUUGGAAAUGACGGUGACCCCAAUAUCUCUGCGAUGUUUGAUGAGAAAUCAGAUCCUUUGCCAUUAGUAUAUAGGAAUGGGACUACGCAAUCAUCCACAACCCUUCCUUCUCCGGAACCCAUUUUAAUAAAUGAACAAUGGGUGUGCUGUGACAAGUGUGAGAAUUGGCGCCUUUUACCCUAUGGGAUGAAUCCAGAUAUACUUCCCAAAAAAUGGCUGUGUAGCAUGCAGAGUUGGCUGCCUGGAAUGAAUAGCUGCAAAAUAACUGAAGACGAGACUACAACAGCCCUUCGGGCACUUUAUAUGGUUCCUGCACCUAAAAAUAACAUUAAGGAUGGUGGUCAUGAUAAUGCUAUGUCAGGCAUAGGCGCAGCUAUUGCUCCAACUUUUCAGGGAAAUAUACAGCCCAUCAGUUCACUGGGGAAGCUGAAAGGUUCCCUUGAUGGAGCCAAUGUGGCAAAUACUUUGGAGUCAGCUGGUAUGUCAAAGCCCUCAAAGAAGCUACAUGCUCCUUCAAGUAGAAACUUCCCUAAACUGAAGGAAAAAAGGAAGCUAGUGGAAUCAUCAGAUAAAGGAGAAAUUAUUGGAAAAGAUCAGUCACAUCGAAUGAGAAGCAGUGUAGGGGUUGAUCAUGAUAACCUGAGGGCAUCAAAGAAAAUGAAGAAAGAAUCCAAUGGCCCUGUGAUGAAGCAUCAGCCCUCUGAGUUUGAAAUAAGCAAAUGUAGUCCUGCCAGUGAGACUCUGAAAAACAUCCAGAAGCGCAGUGGUAUUUCUCCUGGCAUGGGAAAGUAUGGUUUAUCUUCAUCAGGUAAUCAUUCUCAUGGUGAAGAUAAAGGUUUCUCAGAUGUGGUCAUUAAAACAUCAGAUACAGAGAACUCUGGCCCUCGAGACUCAUCAUCCAUUAAGAAGAGAAAAUUGAAACAAAGGCAGUCAAACCAGCAUGAUCUGGACCCACGCUGUAGCAAUACUGACACAAAUGGUAUUACAAAACAAAAUAUUAGUGAAACUAAUGCUGUGAAGAAAAAAACCAGGCCGGAACUGAAGUUGUCAAAGACAGAUAGGACAGCUACCGAUUCUAGAGGCACAGUUACUGGAGCUGAUGAUAGUAUAUCUACUGACAAAGAGUGUUUAAGUGAGCAAUUUCAGGAAAAUACCCAUUUCCAGCAUCCAUCACUCUCAGAAGGCACCACAAAGAGGAAGAUUGGUCAUGCACAAACAUCUACAGCUGCAACUUCGAGUUCAUCCAAGAUGUCUAACUCCCACAAGUAUAAAGCUGAUUUCCAGGAAACGAGGGCCUCCCCUGUAGAGUCAGUUUCUUCCUCACCCUUGAGAUCUUCUGAUAAGAAUCCUUUAGGUCGACAUAGAAGCUCUUCAUGGACAGUUACAGAAAAUGUGCAGUCUCAGGAGUCAGGGAAGAAAGGUUCUUCAUGCUCCAACAGAAACUAUGAUCUUGGGUCUGAUUGUGAUAAAGCUAAGGCUCAUAUUUCUGGUUGCUUUAACGGAGACGUGGGUCAUCAUGUUCAGAAGGAUAGGGACUUGCUGAAAGAUAAACAAGACGUGAUGAAUGCAUGCCUUAUAAACAAAGGUUCUGGACUCGGUAUUAGAAAUGUCCAGUUGAAUCCUGAACAUAAAGUCAAUCCAGAUGUCCUCUCAUCACAUGACAACCAUGGUCACAAGCAACCAACAGGUCGUCAGAAUGGGAAAACACCGCUCCAUUUCGGUUCAAACCAAGGUGACCAUGCAAACUUGACUUAUGGGAAUAUACCACAUAAGGACCAGAAAACAAAUCCAUCUGCAGUCAAAGGAAGCAAGCAGCAGCCAUCCUUAAGCAAUGCAUCAAAUGGUGAUGCCUCUUACAAGGCAAAGCAAAUAGAAAAGGCUGUUAUCGAAAAUUUGGAAACUAGGAAGCAAGUAACUCUUAAUGGUGAUGCUUCAAAUCUAACAAACGCAUCUGUUCUACUGAAGGAAGCUCGAGAUUUGAAGCACUUGUCUAAACGUCUUAAGGAAAAAGGGGAUGACUUUGAGAGUACAAGCAUGUGCUUUGAAGCGGGUCUGAAAUUUCUCCAUGUUGCUUCGCUGUGUGAGGCUCCAAAUGUUGAUAGCUCCAAACAAGGGGAUUCUGUACAAGCUAUGAAGCUGUAUUCUGAAACAGGAAACCUCUGUGGAUUCUGCGCUCAUGAAUUUGAGCGACUCAAGAAAAUGGCAAAUGCUGCUUUGGCAUAUAAAUGUGUGGAAGUGGCAUAUAUGAAGGCUGCUUUCUUUAAAAGUCCUGGUGUAAUUAAAGAUAGGCAUGCAUUGCAGGCAGCAUCCUUGAUGGUUGCUCCAGCGGAGUCUCCAUCAUCUUCUGCUUCAGACAUCGAUAAUUUGAAUAACCAGAGCACAGUUGCUAAGGCUGUUUCUGCAAGGGGUGUAUACUCUCAGAUUUCUAGCAACCCCAUAUCUCGGAACAAUCAUCACUUGAUGGGAUUGCUUUCUUAUGCAGAGGACAUAAAUAAUGCAUUCGAGGGAACCAGAAAAUCGCAAACUUCAUUUUCAGCUUAUCUUUCUGGUAUUGGAAAGAAUCAGGUGGAUGGAGUUGCUCUUGUAAGGGAAGUACUUGAUUUCAGUUUUCAUAAUGUCAAGGGAUUGCUGCAACUGAUUCGUCAUUCGUUGGAGUCUAUCAACCAUGAAAGUGGUAAAUAA